AAGCGCGCUUCCAAACUCGUGAAGUUCCCCGCACUAGCUUGGCGGACUGGUAGGGGCGCCCGAACCCGUGGGCAUGGGUAAGGGCCCCCCGCGAUUGCUGACCCCUCGGUCUGCGGGCUGGGCGCGCGGGGCUCGGGUAGGAGCUCAGGAGCGCGGGUCCCAGUCCCGCCCGGCCGGGGCGGAGCCACGUGUGCCCGACCCUGGACCGCGGAAGUAGGAACGCUGCUCCCUCCGCCCCCUCUCCCCACCGCUCACCUCCGCCCGCGUCUCUCCGGGACGCCACCUCCCGGAGUCGCCUUUCCUUCUUCUCCUUCUGCUUCUUUUUUUUUUUUUUUUUUUUUUUUUGGAGUUGGCUACCGGCUGGAGGGGCUGCGCGGCGCGGCGAUAGGGCUUACGGUCGGACGGACAGAGGGACAGAAGGCCGAGCCCCUGCAAGCCGGGCGCGCGUGGGACCGUGUCAGGGGCCCCGGGACUGCGUCCGCUCGGGCCAACCCUGGAUGGGGUCCCGGGACGCCGUCGGGCUCAACUGCGGGCUCAGGAUGCAGAGGAGAUAGGCAAACAACAGAGGCCACCGAGCAAGUGUCCAGGAGUCGCUCUCUGCUCCCCGGCUGGCCACAGGCCAGUCCUUGGGAACCAAGGGAGCCACUGUCGCCGGGGGUCGUGGAGUUGGCGGCCAGCGUGUUGUGCAAACCUCGGUCCUUGUUUUCCCGGCCCAGUUCGUUGGGAGGCCGGACACAUCCACCCUUGGAAUUGACUUAGGAAGGUGCUGCUUUUCUCCUUAUUCCUCUUGGAUUUUCUGGAUUUUUGAAAACCCAGUGGCCCAAGAGGAGGAGGAGGAAGAGGAGGAAGAGCACGAGGAGGAGGAGAAAGAGUAGGAGGAGGUGGAGGAGGAGGAGGAGGGAGGGCUGAUCUUCAGAGGAAUUCGAGAGCCUCCCCUAGCCAGAGCAGCCAGCAACAGCUGGGAGCCAGUGGGAAGGACUCUGCCUGCCUUUCUGGGACGGCGGCGGAUUGUUUGGAGGGAGCUUUUUUAAUCUUAGAACGUUGUUCCGGUCGAAAGUGUUGAAUUCUUGCUGUCGCAGAGCUGGUUUCUCCAGAUCACUUGACUUUUCCACUGCGAGUGGGAGGAGGGAGAGACUCUUCCUCCCCAAGGGCCGCCAAGGAGGGGAGGAAGACCAGGGUUAGAGCCCUGCUUGCUCACAGGCAAUGUCUGAGACCCGAUGGGGCAGUUCCUGGGCCAUGGACACUGCUCUGAAGAAGGGGAGGCUGGAUGGAGUCUGUGGGUGCUGAGACACGGCCUCAGUGGCCCUGAGAGAGCGCCUUGUAACAGGUAUUGAACUGCUAGUGCAUUUUGGUCAUCUUGGUCGAGGGUACAAUCUUCUUCCCAUCUCUAUCCACCAUUAGCACCACCAUGGCACUGAAAGGCAGAGCCCUCUACGACUUUAACAGUGAGACGGAGGGGGAAAUCAGCAUACGACAGGAUGAGGACCUGGUAGUCUUCAGUGAGACCUCCCUGGAUGGCUGGCUUCAGGGACAGAACAGCCGUGGGGAAGUGGGACUCUUCCCUGCCUCCUAUGUGGAGAUCAUCCAUCCUGGCCUCGGUACCAACCAUGCCGACUACCCUGGCUGCUCUGCAGGCUCUCUGGGCACCCAGGUGAGUGCCUAUGACAGCUCUAGCCAAGCCAGGAGCAGUGGUGGCAGUGGCUUCUUCUCAAACCCCGGCAGCUUUGAGGAUGAUGAUGACGAUGACUGGGAUGACUGGGAUGAUGGCUGUACGGUGGUGGAGGAGCCUCGGGCUUCUGGACUGGGUACCAAUGGGCACCCCCCACUCAACCUUUCCUACCCAGGUGCCUACCCCAGCCGGCACAUGGCUUUCCGGCCCAAGCCGCCCCUGGAGCGGCAGGACAGCCUGGCGUCUGCCAAGCGGGGCAGCAUGGUGGGGCGUAACCUCAACCGCUUCUCCUGCUUCGUGCGCUCUGGUGUAGAGGCCUUCAUCCUUGGAGACGUGCCUAUGAUGGCCAAGAUCGCAGAGACCUACUCCAUCGAAAUGGGGCCCCGUGGACCCCAAUGGAAGGCUGACCCCCACCCGUUUGCCUGCUCUGUGGAGGACCCCACCAAACAGACCAAGUUCAAAGGCAUCAAAAGCUACAUUUCCUAUAAACUCACUCCCACUCAUUCAGGCUCACCUGUCUACCGGCGCUACAAACACUUUGACUGGCUGUACAACCGCCUGCUGCACAAGUUCACAGUCAUCUCAGUCCCACACCUGCCCGAGAAGCAGGCCACCGGCCGUUUCGAGGAGGACUUCAUUGAGAAGCGCAAGCGGCGACUCAUCCUCUGGAUGGACCACAUGACCAGCCACCCUGUGCUCUCGCAGUACGAGGGCUUCCAGCAUUUCCUCAGCUGCCUAGAUGACAAACAGUGGAAGAUGGGUAAGCGCCGUGCAGAGAAGGAUGAGAUGGUGGGUGCCAGCUUCCUGCUCACCUUACAGAUCCCCACGGAGCAUCAGGACCUGCAGGAUGUGGAGGACCGUGUGGACACCUUCAAGGCCUUCAGCAAGAAGAUGGAUGACAGUGUCCUGCAGCUCAGCACCGUGGCAUCAGAGCUUGUACGCAAGCAUGCAGGUGGCUUCCGCAAGGACUUUCAGAAACUGGGCAAUGCCUUCCAGGCCAUCAGCCAGGCCUUCCAGAUGGAUCCCCCUUUCAGCUCUGAGGCCCUCAACAGCGCCAUCUCACACACAGGCCGGACCUACGAGGCCGUGGGUGAGAUGUUCGCUGAGCAGCCUAAGAAUGACCUUUUCCACAUGCUCGACAUGCUGUCCCUCUACCAGGGCCUGCUCUCCAACUUUCCGGACAUCAUCCACCUGCAGAAAGGCGCCUUUGCCAAGGUGAAAGAGAGCCAGCGCAUGAGUGACGAGGGCCGGAUGGUGCAGGAUGAGGCAGAUGGCAUCCGCAGACGCUGCCGAGUGGUGGGCUUCGCCCUGCAGGCUGAGAUGAACCACUUCCACCAGCGCCGUGAACUCGACUUCCAGCACAUGAUGCAGAGCUACCUGCGCCAGCAGAUCCUCUUCUACCAGCGUGUGGCCCAGCAGUUGGAGAAGGCCCUGCGCAUGUAUGACCAUCUCUGACCUCAUGGUCUCUGCCAUGGCCUGGUCACAGCAGGGCUGGGGCCUGGGUGGGCGAGGUGGAUGGGAGAAGGGACUUCGGAGCAGUACCAGCCAACCUGUCUCAGAAACAGAACAGGGCAGAGCCAGGCCAUCCUUGCCACCCCUGUUCACUCAGUGUCACUGUGGUCCUGGGCCAUUUGCUAUGUACCCAUGGGAGCCCCCAUCCAAGGCAGUGGUCAGAUACAGCAUCAGGCAAAGGUGAUGCAGUGUGACGGGUGGCUGAGUAAGAGGCUCCUGGAAGCUCCCAGAUGAACCCAAGCAUCCUGCAAGCAGAGUAGGCAAUGUUCCAGCAGAAUGUCUUGAUGAGACAAGUGAAAAGGACCCACCAGACAGUAAAUGGCAAGAAGGACUUUUGGGGAAAGGAUUCCUGUGGGGCCUUCUUUCCCUUACCUUUCCCAAGCAUGUUCAGCGUCUCCUCCGUGGAGACUUUUCCUUUCUUUCCCUGCCCCACUCUGUACCCUGCAGGAGGGGCUGCAGGCCACCUCCCUCCUGCAGGCCUCUGCUUCCUUUCCCCUGCUGUGUCUCCACAUUCCCUUGUUUGGGGGCCAGGCAGCCUCUUUCCCCAGAGCUGGGGGGCAGGACAAGCCACAGACCACAGGCCAUGGUGGCGCUUUCCUGGAGGGAACACCCUCAAGUUACGGGAUAUUUGAGUUCCCCAGCAAUAACUGCCUUGCUGCAAGCCAGCCUAGACCCCAGCUCCCAGGAGCCUUGGCCAGGGAGGUGUCGUCUCCCGGAAUCCUUUCUGUCACACUGUGGGAGCCCAGGGGAAAGCCAGGGAUUCCAGUUCCCAGCCCUUGGAAGCUUCUAGUCACCUCUGCUGUCUCCAGCCUGUGUUUACAUCCUCUAGGGUUGCCACUGCCUCCCCCAGGCCAGGCUGAGCAGCAGCUGGGGGAGCAGUGAUUUUACGCCUAUGCCCUCCAAGGAGAUCUUGAUCGGCUCCUAGCUGCUGCUGCUUAAAUUUUUUCUCUCUUUUUUUCUCUAUAAACCUUCUACUAUUAAGAUGACAAGAGCACAACUCUUUCUGUUUGGAUCCUGGGAGGGCCGAGGAUGGGAAAGGCUGGACCUUGAAUUGCCCCUGGGAGCCACUGGACAAGGUUUGGCAGUCAUGGUGGGUUGUUUUGACCACAGACCCCUUAACAGGUAGAGAAUGAGGAACUGCUGGGAGAAGCUAGAGGUGACCGGGACCCUGGGUGGUCUGCACAGCUGCUCAGACCUCGCUGUCUCUGGCUGUAAGAUGGAAUUGGUCCCAUGCAGGGUUUGGUUGUGCCUCUCCAUGUGCCUAGGGUUGUGGGAGGGAGGACAUUCCCGGGUACUUUCCAUGCCCCUGGAGCUACAUCCAGACCUUGUCCUUGGAAAGCCCCAGUCCAGGGAGGGGUGGGGACAUUCAGAAACUGUGUCCCUCCCCCAUCAUCCGUGGGUUCCUUCCUUUGUGGUGACUCCACACUGGCAACUGAAGCGGCCCCACAGCUGGGUGCCAAGAGCUGUGUCUCUGCCAUUGCAGAGUUGAGCAGGAUGGACACAGUAGUCUUCCGGUAACCAGGGGAAUGGAGAUGGGCUGGGCACCCCUCAGUGUCAGAGCUGCCAGGGAAGCCUUGCCAGGCCAGCUCAUGACAAGAGAUGGUCACAGACCCUGUUGUUUAGGGCAGAGUGACCUCACAGGAACUUCUGGGACAAGUCCCCUGGCCCAAGGUCAAUAUUAGGUUUGGGACUUUUUGAGGAAAUUUCCCAUCCUUGCCUUCCUUUCUUCACUUUUUGACCCAUCAGAGGAGUCAACUCUGUCCUAACUCUGAUCAGCUGUGAUUCCCUGUGGCAUCUCAGGGUGCAGAGUAUGGCAGGGACAGGGCCUCCUUCCCAAGGCAGCUGGCAAGCUGCCACCCUCUCAUGUCCUUUCACUGAGAGGGGUCACCUCCUGUGCCUGCCAUCCUAAGGGCAGCGCUUAAGAACGGCUUGGACCUCAGAGAAGCAGGAAGUAGAGGCUUGGGUUAGGCUAGGCAUUCUGAGGUCCCUGGGUGAGGAAGGUAUGUGGGGUGAGGAGUGGGGCAUCAUGGCCUCUCUCUUUGGCUUUUUUCGGUCUGUGUGGGUUGGGGUAUUGGAGAAUCAAGGGUUGUUCCGGGCUGGUCAGAGCUCUUCUUAGCAGAAAACUAGGGGAUCAGUGGGAGAGGUGGGGACAUGCUGGAAAUGGCAGGGCCCACUGGCAUUAGGUGCAUGCCAGCAGAUAUUGCAGGCUGGGCUGGGUCCAGCUGCCUGUAGUUUCCUUUCCCACUUUGCUCUGAGUAGGGUGGAAGACAGAGUCUCUUUCUGUCCUUGGUGGCCAUCAGUACCUGCGUGGGGAUGGGAGGACUCCUAAUCUCCAAUUCUGACCUGGCCAGGGAACUGGAGUUUGCUGUGUGACCUCAUAAGGGCUGAGGAUGAAGUGGACUUUGGAUCCUGUGUCCCAUUGCCCCAGACACAGGAGAGCUGGGAGUCUGGUGCUGUGGCUGUCACACUGGCUAGAGCAGAGCCAGGCCUGAGAGACCUAGAUGGUCCUGGCAGUACGGUGACAGAGCCACAUGGCCAUCCAUGCAGAGACAUAGUUGAAAGCCACAGAACCACACACAGUCCUGCUGCUUGUCCACUGGCCGAAGCUGGCCAUGCACACUUGGGCUCACAUGUCACACCCAGCCACACUGCCACACAGGCAUAGCCAUAGCCAUAGCCACGUAGGUGCCACUGUCACAGUGUCUAGCUCAGCCACUUUGCCACACACAUGCUCACAGCCUUAGUGUCACACACACUCAGCAAUAAACCAAGUCACAUAUACAGUGUGUGUGGGUGUCAUGCAACCAUGGCUGUUCCUAGGCUACACCUGUGCCCCCUCCCUGGUCCCUUGGGCAGCUCAUCAGAACUCUGAAGGACAGGCAGCCUGCACGCAGCAGGUGUCCCUGAGGAAGGGAAGACAGGAAUAGUCCUGGGGCAUGUGCCUUGAGAGACCUGAUGUUGAGUGGAUGGACCAUGCCGAGUCCGGCUCUUCACCUCACAAAGAACAAUCCUGAGGCCUAGGGAUACUGGGGCCACCACUUCACCCAGCAGGGGGGGAGACUAGGGCCAGAUCCAACUUUGAAUGGGCUCUGCAGGCUGGCCCUGCCUGCCCUAGGCCGGCCCAUCCCCGGAGCCAGGCUGCUCUGAAGUCCCUGGCUACACCCACCUCACAAAGCUCCAGGCAUCACCAUCUCUCCAGUCCCAGCUGAGUGAGUUACUCUGUAUCUGCAGGGCAGGAAAGGGAUGCGGUGGGCGGGCCCAAGAUGGGUGGGAGGGACUGGAGGGACAUUCCUGUGUCAUGUCCUCCCAAGCAUGUGAGGAGCAGGCCCCACUGCCCGCUGAGUCAGGCCUCUGGAAGCUAAGCCUGCCCCGACCCACCCCAGCAGGCAACAUAUCGCAUCUCGCUGGCUGUGAGACCCUGGGGUCAAGUGGGAAUUCACCUCCCUCAGUGGAGCUCUGAGCCCUGAAGGCUGAUUAGCACCCCCCCAUCCCCCCCACUCCCCCGCCCUUUGGUUCGACUAGCCAACCCCAGCAUAGUGCAGUCUGUUUAAAAAGCAGUUCCUCACAUAGCUGUGGCUUCCUUGGUUUGCAUGCCAGUCUGGGUGACGUCUCAAUUCCAUUUCACAGACAAAGACACUGAGGCUUAGCCAGGGAGGAUGGGACCCACCUAGGAUCCCACAGCAAGACCAGCUAGGGCUGAACUGGAACCCAGCUCUCUGGCUUCCUUCCAAAAUUUGAACUGAUGGAAGUCAAGGGAAGAGGCAGUGGCUGAUCUGCUUCGAUCUCCUUGGGAGGGAAGGGGCUGGGGAUUAACUGCACGCUGGUGAGACAGCUGCUGAAAGGAGAUGGGACUCGGGUUCGAGGUGUCUGAGGGUGGAGUAAGUCCUGGCAGCUCCCCCUCAAACACACCCUGGGACAAAGUCUGAAGGCAGCGCAGCAUGUGAUCAUGUGAUCGCCACAGUGAGUCCUGCUUCAUUUUCCGUCUUCCUUGGGUUUCUCUCCACCUGAGCAUGGUAGAAGAGUCUUCACUAUGGUCCAGGACCCCUGCAUUCACAAGACUUCCAUGUGAGCUUUGGGGAUAGCACAUUUGAAGACUUUGGUCAGGACCCCAGCACAUUUUUUUUUUUUUUUUUUUACUAUUUUCAUUUUUGAUACCGGGAACCGAAUUUAGGGCCGCGCAUUUGUCAGGCGGGUGCUGCGUCACUGAGCUACAUCCCCAGCCUGGGACCCCAGCACUUUAGCUCACUGAUUCAUUCAAGACAGUAGCUAGUCCAGGCCAGCCUUGAAUUCACUGCGUAGCCAGACCGCCCUCGAACUCUCCCUCUUGCCUCAGCCUCCCAAGUACCGGGUUUACAGGUGUGCACCACCGCGCUGGCAGAGGUUUGUACACGGAAGCCCACAUGUUCCAGUUCAACUGUACACUACAUUAAAGACUUUGGUUUAUACUUGAAAAGAUCUUGUCAUGUACAUACUUAAUUAAAAUUUAUUAUUUUU